UUUGCAGGUAGAUUUAAUUUUUGCCUUAUGGGCAAAUAUUAAUUCAAUUUAAAAUUUAAAUAAGUUUGCUGGAUAAUAUAAAAUACGGAACACAUGGAUAUAUAUGAAUAACCAAACAAAAUCGAUUGUAGAACUGCACUAUGCUUCAGUAUAUACUUACAUUUUUUUUUAAGAAAUUGGAAAACUGUAACCAUCCUUUACUUGGUCCUACUAACUGGAGUCUUAGUUUAGGGCACAUGUGGAAGGAAAAAAGGAAUUUCUGUUAUAAAUAUAAUGUCGUCCAGCUAUCUUUAAUAGCUGUGCAGUUAACUGAAUUUAUAGAAUUGUGGUUUCUAAGACAUGAUUCCGAAAAGUUGCUGAAUAAUCUUACCUUUUCGUUACCCAGCAGUUUAUGUGUUCUACAAUCUAUAAGCUUUGUAUUAUUUAGAGAACAGUGGACGAGUAUAAUAGAAUAUGUUUCUACAACCGAAAUAAUACAAAUUUUAAAUGAUGAUAAUGUAACAUGUAAGAUUAUAAAGAAAUACACAAAAUAUUGUCGGUCUAUAACAUUUUGUUACUGGUCGCUAGCAUUUGUUAGUUUAUUAAUUUUUUAUAUGUCACCGUUUGUCGCAUACUUUUCGUCGUGUGAAUAUAGAUAUCUUAUUAAAAAUGGCAGUGCUCCGUAUCCAGAAAUAAUAAGUUCUUGGGUACCUUUGGAUAAAUCCAGGGGUAUCGGUUACUGUAUGGUGAUUACGCUUCAACUGUUUAUAUUAUCAUUCGGAGCUCUUACAUUGGCAAGUUAUGACACUAACGCGGUUGUAAUUAUGACUUUUUUUGCUGGUCAAUUUGAGAUAUUGAAAGAAAAUUGUAGAAGGUUAUAUGAUGACUGUAAUAGGAAGGAGGACUUGGCCGUCAAGUUUCGGCAAUAUCACCGACAUCAUGUUGAUUUGAUGAGAUUUACAAAGUUACUCAAUUUUGUCCUCUCUCCAGUUAUGUCUAUGUAUGUGGUAAUUUGUUCCAUCAUGCUUUGCUUAUGUGCAAUUCAAGUAACGAAGGAAGACGUCACGAUACAGCAGCAGCUCUGGAUUUCAGAAUUUUUCAUAGCUCUCGUAGCACAGUUGUUAUUCUACUGCUGGCACAGCAAUGAAGUUUAUUAUAUGAGUCUAACGGUAAGUAAUGGUGUAUAUGGCAGUGCUUGGUGGUCUCUGGAUGCUCGUGAACGACGCAAUAUGCUGUUGCUUGCAGCUCAGCUCAACAAAACUGUAGUGUUUAAUGCAGGACCAUUCGCUACACUCAGUGUCGCUACGUUUAUGACAAUAUUAAAAGGAUCAUACAGUUACUACACAUUACUGAGUCAAAGAUGAUAGAGUUGUUUCUACAAAUACCAUUUUUCUUACUGAACAGCA